AUGACCAGCCGCACGCAGUCCGCCCGCCCGCCCGCCUCCAUGGUGCACGGCGGCGGCGGCGGGGGCGGCAAGGGCAAGGGCGGCGCCGGGGGUGGCGGUGGGGGGCCGCGCCCCCCCUCGGCCACAUCGGGGGUGCACGACCAGCGCGCCAAGACCAUCCUGAAGGAGGCCGUGGACGCCGUGGUCAACAGCUUCGCCAAGCACACCCAGGGAUACGGCCGAGUCAACGUGGUGGAAGCCCUGCAGGAGUUCUGGCAGAUGAAGGCGCAGCGCGGGGCGGAGCUUAAAAACGGCGCCCUGGUCAUCUACGAGUCUGUCCCUUCCUCAGCGCCGCCCUACGUCUGCUAUGUCACGCUGCCGGGCGGGUCAUGCUUCGGGUCAUUCCAGAACUGCCCCACGAAGGCUGAGGCUCGACGCAGCGCCGCCAAGAUCGCCCUCAUGAACAGCGUCUUCAACGAGCACCCUUCCAGGCGCAUAUCCGACGAGUUCAUUGAGAAGGCCGUGGCUGACGCGAGGGCGCAGUUCAAGCACGUUCCGGACAUGUCUCUACCCCAGAGUGACCCCGACGAGGCUGACAACCCAAGCACGGGCAUUGGCGCCUUCAGGUUCAUGCUGGAGACCAACAAAGGGCGGACGAUGCUCGAGUUCCAGGAGCUGAUGACUGUCUUCCAACUCCUCCACUGGAACGGAUCUCUGAAAGCCAUGCGCGAGAGGCAGUGUUCCAGGCAGGAGGUGGUCGCUCACUACUCCCACCGCGCCCUGGACGAUGAUAUGCGCUCACAGAUGGCGCUGGACUGGAUCGCAAGGGAGCAGGAGAACCCCGGGGUGAUCUCGCGGGAGCUGGGACAGAGCGAACGGGAGCUUGAGGCCGCACGUCUGGCUGGGCGGGAGUUGCGUUUUCCCAAGGAGAAGAAGGAUAUCAUGAUGCUGGCCUGUUCUCAGCUGUCCCCCUCGCCACUGGACCCUUGAAAGAGCUGUCCCCAACUGUCCCAAGCUUCCCCAGUUGCCCCUUUGUCUGAUAUCGUCCCACUGAGUUGAGAUUUCGCAAGAAGGAGGAUAUCUUGAUGUUCGCUUGUUCACAGCUGUCCCCAUCACCCCUGGACCCUUGAAAGAGCUGUCCCCAACUGUCCCAUCCUUUCCCAGUUGUCUCUUUGUCUGAUAUUGUCCCACAGAGCUGAGAUUUCGCAAGAAGGAGGAUAUCUUGAUGUUCGCUUGUUCACAGCUGUCCCCAUCACCCCUGGACUCUUGAAAAAGCUGUCCCUAACUGUCCCCAACUGUCCCAAGCUUCCCCAGUUGCCCCUGUGUCUGAUAUUGUCCCACAGAGCUGAGAUUUCGCAAGGUCUAGGGGGAUAUGAUGCUAGCCUGUUCCCACCUGUUCCAAUCCCCCUAUACCCGUUAACACGCUCCCCCACGCUUCCUCACGCACUCCCACGCUCCCCUCUCCCCCAUUCACCCUUAGAGGCUCUCCCAGACAAUAUCUUUUCCUGCAACGUUGAAAGAGCUGAGAUUUCGCAAGGUCUUGGAGGAUAUCAUGAAGCUAAUCUAUUCCCACCUGUUCCAAUCCCUCUAGACCCCUUAACAAGCUCCCCCACGCUUCCUCACGCUCUCCCCAGCUCCCCACGCACUCCCACGCUCCCCUAUCCCCCCUGUGACCCUAGAAGAUAUACCAACUCUCACUAGAGCUUGAAGAUAUCCCAACUGUCACAAUGUCCCAUAGACCGCCCAGUCCCAGUAUACUCCGCUCCCACGCUCUCCCAUGCUCUCCUUGACACCUGACAGCUCUCCCAAUGCUCCCUAAGGCUCUCCCACGCUCUCCCACGCUCUACUAGUGUCUGAAAAUGUCAUUAGAGUUGAGUUUUGUAAAGGAAAGGAAAGGGAAUUUUGAGACCUAGGUGUUGCAAGGUCUCCCAGUGUUUCGUGAUAUGUAAUUUUGUGUGUUCUGCUUGUUAUUAUUAUUAUUAUUAUUAUUAUUAUUAUUAUUAUUAUUAUUAUUAUUAUUAUUAUUAUUGGUGUUGUUAUUGUUGUUGGGUGAUUUUUUUAUUAUUUAUUUAUUAUUAUUAUUUUUAUUUUUAUUAUUAUUUAUGUCAUUUUUAUAUAGGCUAUUAUUUCUCUAUUGUUGUUUUUUCCUUUGUUUUCUCUCUCUCUCUCUCUCUCUCUCUCUCUCUCUCUCUCUCUCUCUCUCUCUCUCUCUCUCUCUCUCUCUCUCUCUCUCUCUCUCUCUCUCUCUCUCUCUCUCUCUCUCUCUCUCUCUCUCUCUUUUUCCAAUUCUCUCUCUCAAAUUUCAUCUUUUCCAAUUUUCUCUCUCUAUCUUUAUCUAAUCCUCUCUCUCAAAAUUUCUCUCUCUAAUUUUCUCUCUCUAAUUCUUUCUUUUUGUAAUCAUCUCUCAAAUUCUCUCUUUUUAAUUCUCUCUCUCUAAUUCUCUUUUUCUAACCCUCUCUCUCUCUCUCUCUCUCUCUCUCUCUCUCUCUCUCUCUCUCUCUCUCUCUCUCUCUCUCUCUCU